UAUUCUACUAUACUUUGAUCAGAGGUUGUUGCUCAUCCUGGCAUUCUCUUACAAUGGUUUUUUUUUCUACAUUGAAGGUCAUAGAACACAAGCCAUAUGAUCACAAAGCUGAUGUUUUUAGUUUUGGAAUCAUGUUAUGGGAGUUGCUAACUGGAAAGCUUCCAUACGAGUACUUAACCCCGUUACAACCAGCGGUUGGAGUUGUCCAAAAGGGUCUCCGGCCUACCAUGCCAAAGAGCACUCAUCCAAAGCUUGCAGAGUUGCUCGAGAGGUGCUGGCAACAAGAUCCAACAUUAAGACCCGACUUCUCAACCUUUUUCCCCCUAGCUGGAGAUGAAGAAGAUCGGCCCAAGGAGCAAUCUUCUAGCGGAUUCCUAUCUGUUCUCAGACGCGCCAUCACUGACCAUAAAGAAAAUCAUGAUUAUUCUCGUGAUAUGAAAACAUAGGCUCUCACUUUAUGGCCCAUUUCCCAUCUUCUUACAACACGUUUGAUUUUUCCUUUUCGAUACCCCGGCCCAAUUAGAAGGGGUCCUGUGGCAUUGUAAGUUAGAAAAACUCUUGCAGCCUUGAUUACAAUAACAAAUCAGCAAUGUUAAGUU